UCGUCUGAUCGGGGACGAUGGCGUUCAUGGAGGACGGGGACGUCCCCUCCUCGGUCCACCAGCUGCCGGCGGUGUCUGACGGCGUGAAGCUAGCCGCCGUGGCGACGUUCCUCUACCUCAUCGUCCGCUACCUGAACCUGAAGAGUCCGGCCGCUCCGCCGGACGUUUUCUACCGGGACACGGCGCUGAGCCAGUACCUGCUCAAGUCCUGCCCGCUGCUGACCCAAGAGUACGUUCCUCCGCUGCUCUGGGGGAAGAGCGGCCACUUCCAGACGCUGCUGUAUGGUAAAAUGGGCCGGGUCAGCACGCCGACGCCCCGCGGAGCUCGGACCUUCCUCUCCAUGCCGGACGGAGCCACGGCCAGUUACGACACCUUCGACGCGCUGAGGGAGCACAGCACCGGAGCGGACGUUACCAUGGUGAUCUGCCCUGGGAUCGGUAACCACAGCGAGAAGAACUACAUCCGGACCUUUGUGGAUUACUCCCAACGGCGGGGCUACCGCUGCGCCGUCCUCAACCACCUGGGGGCGCUGCCCGACACGGAGCUCACCUCCCCGCGCAUGUUCACCUACGGCUGCACGUGGGAGCUGGAGGCCCUGGUGGUCCAGGUGAAGCGGGUCUUCCCCAGAACCCUGCUGGUUCUGGUGGGCUUCAGUCUGGGGGGAAACAUCGUCUGCAAGUUCCUGGGGGAGAACCGGGCCAACCAGGCCCGGGUGCUGUGCUGCGUCAGCGUCUGCCAGGGCUACAGCGCCCUCAGGGCCCAGGAGACGUUCCUCCAGUGGGAUCAGUGUCGGAGAUUCUACAACUUUAUCCUGGCGAAUAACAUGAAGAAGCUGAUCCUGAAGCACAGGAGCAGUUUCUCCAGUUUUUCCUCCAGCAGCGUGGACGACUCCGACAUGAAGCAGCUGCACCUGCUCACGUCCCUGACCCAGGUGGACGAUCAAGUGAUGAGGAAGUUCCACCACCACGACUCCCUGAGAGAAUACUACGAGAAGGAAAGCUGCGUCCACUACAUCCACCAGGUGUCGGUUCCGCUGCUGCUGGUGAAUUCUGGGGACGACCCGCUGGUCCACCCGUCCCUGCUGGACAUCCCUAGGACACUGGCAGAGUCCAUGUCCAACGUGAUGUUCGCCCGGACGCAGCAUGGAGGACACAUGGGCUUCUACGAGGGCGCGCUGCUGCCGCAGCCGCUCAGCUGGAUGGACAAGCUGCUGCUGCAGUACACGGACGCCGUCUGCACCUGGGCCCAGCAGCAGGACCCGCAGGACCCGCAGGACCCGCAGGACCGGCAGGCCCGGCAGCAGGACCGGGUCCUGGGCAGGGCCACCAGGACCAGGACACGGCCCACACCGGGAACUCUGGGAGAUUCAGGGGGACGAGGAGACGAGGAGGAACCGUGAACUUGACGCCUGGGACGGUUCUGGGACGGUUCUGGGACGGUUCUGGGACGGUUCUGGAGACGGUUCUGGGACGGUUCUGGAGACGGUUCUGGGACGGUUCUGGGACGGUUCUGGGACGGUUCUGGGACGGUUCUGGAGACGGUUCUGGGACGGUUCUGGAGACGGUUCUGGGACGGUUCUGGGACGGUUCUGGAGACGGUUCUGGAGACGGUUCUGGUUCAUGUCGGUCCGGACGGUGAUUUAAUUUAAAAAACAAAGACGUUUGGAGGUCGAGGACCAAAAACCUGAAGACAAUCUGCAGCACUUUCUUCUUCUGUCGUGGUUUCCAGCUGGUUGUAGUUCUUCCCUUAAUUCAGUGGUUCCCAAACUUUUUUUGCCAGGCCCUUUUGUACAUAACAGAAUUUUCGAGCCCCGACCCCAACACACACACAUCUUUUGCAUUCAAAUGCGACUGUAAUUUAUUUCAUAUAUUGAACAUAUGUGCGAAAAAACUGUCCAUCUGUGUAAAAAUAGAUUUUCAACCUGACCAGCUCACAGAGAUUAAAACAACAAACAGGAGCCAAAAUCUGAACAUUUGCUCUACAAACAUGACACCUUUAACCCCCACAUCAGUGAUGUGAGUGUUUGCUUCAUGUGUGCAACACAUUUAUUUUUAUUUCCUUUUUACUGUACAACAGUAUGCAUUACUUUCAACAUAUUUUUGAAAACCAGCAGCAACAGCUAAACAAAUAAUCUAAAUUUCAACAAUUGCUCUGCAAAAAUGUCAGUUUUAAUCCCCACACCUUUUCAGUGAGUGGGGUGGGCUUGUUCAUGUUCCAGAUCCUCUCAAACCGGUUGCAGGUGAGAAACUGCCACAUGCAUCUACCUCAGUAGCACCGGGUAGUUGUGGGACCUGAAGCAGCAGGUCCUGGUUAGAUUCCUGAAGGUCCUGGUUAGAUUCCCGCUGGCCAGACCACUUCAUGUCAUUCUCCUUCUCUCUUCCCCCUAUUUUCUGUCUCUCUCUCACUGCACAUUUGUGUUGAAGGCAAAAUCUUAAAGAAAUAAAUAAUCUUACAUUUUUUUUUUUUUUUUUUUUUUAAUGAAUCUGCCUUCCAACCUCGCCGCGCCCCCCCCCCCUAGGGGGCGCGGCCCCCAGUUUGGGAACCACUGUCUUAACCAGCUGGAUGUAACGGCUGCUCUGAACGCAGAUGAUGUUUCAGGUCCGAGAUGUUGGACUUUACGACGUUGUGCACUGAUGAUUCUGCUGAACCUGAAGGUUAAACACCCACAAAAAAACACAAAAACCCACAAAAACUCACAAAAACCAGCCAAACUAAAGAAUCCCAGCAUCAACAAAGUCCUGACUUGUCGUGUUUGAACCGUGAGAUUCAGAAUAAAACACUUAGAACUUUUAUUUAUUUACACUCAAACUCACAAGUUCCUGCAGAAAAAGAUUGAAUUAAAUCUCAGAUUUGCACAAAAAAGGCUGAUUUUCCAGGUGAACGUCAGUUACGAUUAAAGAGGAAGAAAAGACGUGAGGACGGUACGGAAGAGAAUCAGGCCGGGCCGGAGAAAAGAUAUUUGAGAGGGAAGAUCUUUUAUUUUACUGUUCACUUCGAGAAAAAAGUCGAAAUGUCGAGAAAAAAGUCGAGAUUUCAACUUUAUUCACAAAAUUUCGACUUUUUUCUCAAAAUUGUAUUUCAACAUUAUUCUCGAUAUUUCCAUUUUUUUCUCGACAUUCCGACUUUUUUUCUCGACAUUCCGACUUUUUUCUCGACAUUCCGACUUUUUUCUCGGCAUUCCGACUUUUUUCUCGACAUUCCGACUUUUUUUCUCGACAUUCCGACUUUUUUCUCGACAUUUCCACUUUUUCCUGGAAGUGCAUAAUGAAAAAAAAAAUCUUCCUCCUCUAAAACAUUAUUUUUAUUUUUCUGCUGCCUGACCCUGAUAAGAAACAAAAUCCCACGAUAAAAACUUUACAAUGAAUGAAAUUGAAAACAGAUUUCAGAAGAAAAAAAGUGCAAAUUUUUGUUUUUAAAAACUUACAGAAUAUCUGACUUCAUCAUGUACUUCAUGUAUUAUUAUUAUUAUUAUUAUUAUUAUUAUUAUUAUUAUUAUUAUUAUUAUUAUUAUUAUUAUCAUCAAGUCUGACUUUUAUCACAAACCUUAAAAAAAAGACAUAAAUGACCAAAUAUUCAGAAUUUCUCUCUUUCAAAGCAAUAAUUUGAAAGAAAACACAAAUAAAUGCUGUAUUUAUGCUGCUAUAGCUUAGCCGUGAGGAUUAGCUUAGCCGUGAGGAUUAGCUUAGCCGUGAGGAUUAGCUUAGCUUAGCUCCGAACAUGUCAGACUCAAAGUAGCUUCGCAGGUUUAUUUUUCUUAACUUUAACUCAUAAAACAACAAACCGAAUUGCUCCAAACACAAACACAGACCAGUCAGAACUGAUUCUCCAUCAGAGUUGGUUUCCCCGGUUAAAUAAGCAGCAGCAGCAGCAACGCCGCCCCCCGGUGUUCUGGAGCAGAAUUACAUGAUCCGGUUCAUACAGACCUGAGUUUACUGAAUGAAACAUUUAUUAAACAUGAAUCAGGGAAAUAUUCACUUCCUGUUUCUGUUUAUCUGAGAAUGUUCUGAUUGAGCUGUUUAUUGAUGUUUCUGAGCAACUUUAUCAACGUUUAGUUGAUGUUUAGGUGUAAAUAAACCUGUGACAUCAUCAAUGUUUUAUGUGCAAUAAUGUUUUACCUGCACUUUACUGGUUAAGCCUUUUUAUUUGACUUAAACGUUUUUAAACAUGUUUAAUGUAAUUAUCUCAGAAUGAGCUGACGGAACCAAUCACUUAAU